AUACCACACUAGAAGUCUUGCUAUGAACUCGAUAUUGAUGCAAUGAAACCGCUGAUAGAGGUCUAGCUAGCCGCUGGAAGAUUCGGAUCAGUUUUCCAUAGGGGCCGGAAAAACCGAUUGAGCUAGUUUAAUUAAGAAGGUUCAACACAGACAAGAAUGGUCCAUCUUUUGCAAUGCAGUGGCAGUACCCAUAUGUCGUUGCCUCUGUUCUUCCUCUCAGUCCUCCUCCUCCUCCCCUCCAUGGAGUCAGCACAUUCAGAUGCUGGGAGGUUGCCACUGAGGUUACUAGAGAUUGGCAGCAGUAAGGAGGAGAAAGGGGGACACAGAGGGGAGAUGAUGAAGAUGGAACGGAGGGGCCUGAUCGGAUCAAGGCCACCAAGGUGUGAGAGUGUGUGCAUGUCUUGUGGCCACUGCAAGGCAGUGCAGGUGCCCAUAGUGCCACAGGAUCACAAGCAGAGAGCUGGCCGAGAACACCAUGAUGCGGCGAGUGACAUCGAUGCAGCGAUGCUCGCUGCCUACAAGGACAAUGGUGGCAUCUCGGACUACAAACCUCUGAGAUGGAAGUGUAGGUGUGGAAGCAUAAUACUUGAUCCAUGAAGUAUUCAACACUCUAAAGUUCUCAACUCAACAAUCAGGAUCACUUCAAUUGUGCAAAUAUGUAUAGAGUUGUCCUCAAUUGUUUUCCCACCUUUUUAUUCUUCUUCUUCUUCCCCUUUUCAAUUUUCCUCCAGACCAGAGGUUCAAGGGAGGGAGAAUGAGCUGCAAAUUUCUUGUACAUUUAGGAAGCAGUUUUGUCCACAAAAUAUAAUUAGUGAAUGUAC